GUAAGGCUUACUUCAUCCCUAUUUGUACCGGUUUGGGCCACACCCAAAGCCCGGAUUUUUAGAAAAAAAUUGACUUUCUUUAAAAAAAUUGACUUUCUUUAUAGAACUACAGAUUCUAAAAAUAAAGUAUCGAUAGGCUUAUCCUUUUGCCUCUCCUUCUCCGGGGACAGAAUUCGUCGAGUUAAAUCAGCAGAAUAAGAAAUCCCAAGUUUUUUGUUGAUCAGGCGACACCCAGAUUUGAACUGGGGAUAAAGGAUUUGCAGUCCCCCGCCUUACCACUUGGCCAUGUCGCCAAACCAAAUUCGAUCCAAAUAAGAUAAAAAAUAGAUUUCUGGUCAAAGACUGAAAAAUUCAGGGCAAAUUGGAACCAUUAACUAUUUGUUUUGUUGUUUUGAAUUAGCGAAAGGUUCUUCAAUUUGUAUCUCAAAUUGUUGCGUUUCCUUAAUGGCAUAACAAAAUCAAAUUGAUUUAUGACUAAUUCAGUAUCAAUUAUUUUCAAUAAUCAAUCUUUUUCAAUUUCAAUUAUAACAAUAUAAAUUAUAACAAUAUAUAUGUGUAUAUGUAAACCUCAAAACAGAAAUUGUUACACAGAUACCGCUCUUAUGUACAUAUCCCAUAUCCCUAUAGAGAAUCGUCGUGCCUUCUUUUUUCAUUUUCUAUAUGCAAUAGAAAAAAUAGGAAUUAUGAUAUAGUGCGACCUGACUUCUGUUGCCACAAGUGAAAUUACGAUAAAAGAUGUGAUAUGCGGACAGGUAGAUAGCUAUAUUGGCAUGCACUUAAUAAAUAUUACUCCUAUUACGCAAUUCAAUCAUAUUCUAUAUAUUCUACUAGCAAAAAAAUAAUUCGAAAUUUUUUUUGAACAUGAAAUGAAACUCAAAUAAAAUUAAGUAUGCUAAAAAGGGAAACUCUAUAUUGUUCCUGUUGUACCUGUCGCAAAUUCGAACUUGCGUCGAAAAUGCUCUUCAUUCCUCUGUCUCAUUUCCGUUCAUACGUAUGAAAUACAUAUAUGGUAUAUGGAGUUGGCUAAAAUUUCAUGUGAUUCAGUAAACAGAAUAUACAUUCCAUCAUUGCUAGAUCGAUCCGUAUGGUUCGAUAAAUAGUGAGCUAAUAAUGGGAUUUUUCAAUAAACAGGAAACUUAAGAUUAAGAUGCUCCGGAAUGAUGGAAAUGAGGGAAUGUCCACAAUACCUGGAUUUAGUCAGAUCCAAUUUGAGGGAUUUUGUAGGUUCAUUAAUGAGGGCUUGACGGAAGAAUUUCAUAAGUUUCCAAAAAUUGAAGAUACAGAUCAAGAAAUUGAAUUUAAAUUAUUUGUGGAAAGAUAUCAAUUGGUAGAACCCUUGAUAAACGAAAGAGAUGCUGUGUAUGAAUCACUCACAUAUUCUUCUGAAUUAUAUGUACCCGCGGGAUUAAUUUGGAAAACCGGUAGAGAUAUGCAAGAACAAACCGUUUUUAUUGGAAACAUUCCCCUAAUGAAUUCCCUGGGAACCUUUAUAGUAAAUGGAAUAUACAGAAUUGUGAUCAAUCAAAUAUUGCAAAGUCCUGGUAUUUACUACCGUUCAGAAUUGGACCAUAACGGAAUUUCUGUCUAUACCAGCACAAUAAUAUCAGAUUGGGGAGGAAGAUCGGAAUUAGAAAUUGAUAGAAAAGCAAGGAUAUGGGCCCGUGUAAGUAGGAAACAAAAAAUAUCUAUUCUAAUUCUAUCAUCAGCUAUGGGUUCGAAUCUAAGAGAAAUUCUAGAUAAUGUUUGUUACCCUGAAAUUUUCUUGUCUUUCCCGAAUGAUAAGGAGAAAAAAAAGAUUGGGUCAAAAGAAAAUGCUAUUUUGGAAUUUUAUCAACAAUUUGCUUGUGUAGGCGGGGAUCCGGUAUUUUCUGAGUCUUUAUGUAAAGAAUUACAAAAGAAAUUUUUUCAACAAAGAUGUGAAUUAGGAAGGAUUGGUCGACGAAAUAUGAACCGGAGACUGAAUCUUGAUAUACCUCAGAACAAUACAUUUUUAUUACCACGAGAUGUAUUGGCUGCUGCGGAUCAUUUGAUCGGAAUUAAAUUUGGAAUGGGUACACUUGACGAUAUGAAUCACUUGAAAAAUAAACGGAUUCGUUCUAUAGCGGAUCUGUUACAGGAUCAAUUCGGACUGGCUCUUGUUCGUUUAGAAAAUGCGGUUCGAGGAACUAUAUGUGGAGCAAUUCGGCAUAAAUUGAUACCGACUCCUCAAAAUUUGGUAACUUCAACUUCAUUAACAACCACUUAUGAAUCGUUUUUUGGCCUACAUCCUUUAUCUCAAGUUUUGGAUCGAACUAAUCCAUUGACACAAAUCGUUCAUGGGCGAAAAUUGAGUUAUUUGGGUCCUGGAGGAUUGACGGGGCGAACUGCUAGUUUUCGGAUACGAGAUAUUCAUCCUAGCCACUAUGGACGUAUUUGUCCAAUUGACACGUCCGAAGGAAUCAAUGUUGGACUUAUUGGAUCCUUAGCCAUUCAUGUGAGGAUUGGCCAUUGGGGAUCUAUAGAGAGUCCAUUUUAUGAAAUAUCUGAAAGAUCAAAAGAGGCACAGAUAGUUUAUUUAUCACCAAAUAGAGAUGAAUAUUAUAUGGUAGCAGCGGGAAAUUCUUUGGCCUUGAAUCGGGGUAUUCAGGAAGAACAGGUUGUUCCAGCCCGAUACCGUCAAGAGUUCCUGACUAUUGCAUGGGAACAGAUUCAUCUUAGAAGUAUUUUUCCCUUCCAAUAUUUUUCUAUUGGAGCUUCCCUCAUUCCUUUUAUCGAGCAUAAUGAUGCGAAUCGGGCUUUAAUGAGUUCUAAUAUGCAGCGCCAAGCAGUUCCGCUUUCUCAGUCCGAGAGGUGCAUUGUUGGAACUGGACUGGAACGCCAAACGGCUCUGGAUUCGGGGGUUUCCGCUAUAGCCGAACACGAGGGAAAGAUCAUUUAUACUGACCCUCACAAGAUCAUUUUAUCAAGUAAUGGGGACACUACUAUAAGUAUAAGUAUUCCAUUAGUUAUCUAUCAACGUUCCAACAAAAAUACUUGUAUGCAUCAAAAACCUCAGGUUCCGCGGGGUAAAUGCAUUAAAAAAGGACAAAUUUUAGCGGACGGUGCGGCUACAGUUGGGGGGGAACUUGCUUUAGGAAAAAACGUAUUAGUAGCUUAUAUGCCAUGGGAGGGUUACAAUUCUGAAGACGCAGUACUAAUUAGCGAACGUCUGGUAUAUGAAGAUAUUUAUACUUCUUUUCACAUCCGGAAAUAUGAAAUUCAGACUCAUGUGACAAGCCAAGGACCUGAAAGAAUCACUAAGGAAAUACCACAUCUAGAGGCUCAUUUACUCCGCAAUUUAGACAGAAAUGGAGUUGUGAUGCUGGGAUCUUGGGUAGAAACAGGUGAUAUUUUAGUAGGUAAAUUAACACCUCAGACAGCAAACGAAUCGUCGUAUGCUCCAGAGGAUAGAUUAUUACGAGCCAUACUUGGAAUUCAGGUAUCCACUGCAAAAGAAACUUCUCUAAAACUACCUAUAGGCGGAAGAGGUCGCGUUAUUGAUGUGAGAUGGAUCCGGAAAAAGGGGGGUUCCUGUUAUAAUUCAGAAAUGAUUCGUGUAUAUAUUUCACAGAAACGUGAAAUCAAAGUAGGUGAUAAAGUAGCUGGAAGACAUGGGAAUAAGGGUAUCAUUUCAAAAAUUUUGCCUAGACAAGAUAUGCCCUAUUUGCAAGAUGGAACACCUGUUGAUAUGGUCUUCAACCCAUUAGGAGUACCAUCACGAAUGAAUGUGGGACAGAUAUUUGAAUGCUCGCUCGGGUUAGCGGGGGAUCUGCUAAAGAGACAUUAUAGAAUAGCACCUUUUGAUGAGAGAUAUGAGCAAGAGGCUUCGAGAAAACUAGUGUUUUCCGAAUUAUAUGAAGCCAGUAAGCAAACAAAAAAUCCAUGGGUAUUUGAACCCGAAUAUCCGGGAAAAAGCAGAAUAUUUGAUGGAAGAACAGGAAAUCCUUUUGAACAACCUGUUCUAAUAGGAAAGUCCUAUAUUUUAAAAUUAAUUCAUCAAGUUGAUGAUAAAAUCCAUGGACGUUCUAGUGGACAUUACGCACUUGUUACACAACAACCCCUUAGAGGAAGGGCGAAGCAAGGGGGACAACGAGUAGGGGAAAUGGAAGUUUGGGCUCUAGAGGGAUUUGGUGUUGCUCAUAUUUUACAAGAGAUGCUUACUUAUAAAUCUGAUCAUAUUAGAGCUCGUCAAGAAGUACUUGGUGCUACGAUCAUUGGAGGAAGAGUAUCUAACCCAGAAGAUGCUCCAGAAUCUUUUCGAUUGCUCGUUCGAGAACUACGAUCUUUAGCUCUAGAACUGAAUCAUUUCCUUGUAUCUGAGAAGAACUUCCAGAUUAAUAGGAAGGAAGCUUGAUCUGAAUGAAUCAGAAUUUCUAUUCUAUGAUUGACCGGUAUAAACAUCAACAACUUCGAAUUGGACUAGUUUCUCCUCAACAAAUAAAGGCUUGGGCCAACAAAA